GGCUAUGCCUGCCCGCGGGAAGGGAAGGGAAGGGAAGGGAGCGCGAUCGGGCGGGUGUGCUGCUGUGGUCAUGGCCGGCUUGCCCUGCGCGCUCGUCCUCCUGCUCUCUGCGGGCUCCGCGGGCGCCGUGUGGCCGCAGCCCCAGCACCUGAGCGCGGGCUCGGAGGGCGGCUGCCGCCUGAGCGCCGCGCGGUUCCGCUUCGCCCACGCCGACCGGUCGGCGGUGGCGCCCGGCUGCGAGGUGCUGGACUUGGCGUUCCAGCGCUACUGGAAGCUGCUCUUCCGUGCCACCCGCAGGGACGCAGGGAACAGCCACACUCAGGACUCACCGUGCACUGUGCUGAGCGUCAAUGUCACCAAGCCGGGGUGCGAUGGUUUCCCUUCGCUGGACUCCCCUGAGAAUUACGGGCUGACGGUUUCCGACCAGCUGAUGCUUCUGACGGCAGAAACAGUCUGGGGAGCUCUCCGAGGGUUGGAGACUUUCAGCCAGCUUGUCUGGAGAAGCGACGAUGGGACAUUCUUUGUGAACAAAACGGAUGUGGUCGACUUCCCCCGCUUUCCUCACCGGGGUCUGCUGCUUGACACAUCUCGACACUACCUCCCUUUGAAAGCCAUUCUGGAGACGCUGGAUGCCAUGGCCUACAACAAGUUCAAUGUGUUUCAUUGGCACAUUGUGGACGAUCCAUCUUUUCCAUAUGAGAGCGUAGUGUUCCCAGAUCUCAGCCGCAAGGGAGCCUACAACCCUUUCACCCACGUGUACACUGCCAGCGAUGUGAGGACGGUGAUCGAUCAUGCCCGGCUGCGUGGGAUCCGGGUGGUUCCAGAGUUUGAUACUCCCGGCCACACCCACUCCUGGGGGCCAGGUGCCCCAGGGUUGUUGACCCCCUGCUACCUGGGCCCGAAGCCCUCUGGAUCCUAUGGGCCAGUUAAUCCCAUCCUAAACACAACUUACCGGUUCAUGUCCAAGUUCUUUGCAGAAGUUAGUGCCGUCUUCCCAGACUUCUAUGUUCACCUGGGCGGAGAUGAGGUUGACUUCACUUGCUGGAGGUCCAAUCCGGAGAUCAAGAAGUUCAUGCAGGAGAUGGGGUUUGGCCAAGACUAUUCUAAGCUGGAAUCCUUUUACAUCCAGAGGCUGUUGGAUAUAGUCUCGUCAUUUGGGAAAGGCUACAUGGUGUGGCAGGAAGUGUUUGAUAACGCAGUGAAGGUGAAGCCAGACACCAUAAUACACGUGUGGAAGGAGAACGGCGGGCACUAUCCAAACGAAAUAGCUUCCGUCACCAAAGCCGGCUACCGGGCCCUGCUCUCUGCCCCUUGGUAUCUUAACUAUAUCUCCUACGGGCAGGACUGGGUAGGAAUUUACCGGGUGGAACCCCUGGAGUUUAAAGGUACUCCAGAACAGAAAGAUCUGGUGAUUGGCGGCGAGGCUUGUAUGUGGGGCGAAUACGUGGAUGUCACUAACUUGAGCCCGAGACUCUGGCCCAGAGCUGGUGCUGUAGCAGAGCGGUUAUGGAGUAACAAGACAGUCCGAAAUGUGCAAGAUGCUUAUGCAAGGCUGGCGGACUUCCGAUGUACAUUGCUGAGGAGAGGGAUCCGAGCAGAGCCGCUCUUCACAGGAUAUUGUGAAAAUGAAUAUGGUGGCGUUUGAUGGGGCCACUGUGUCUAUGGGAGACCAGGAUGGACUUUUUUUUCCAAUUGACGUAAUGCAUCAAAAAAGAAAUCGAUUCAUUGGCGCUCGUGGAUAAUUAAAAAUUUCUUCCCAACAAGCACUA